AUGAGUGCAAAUAACACAAUUUAUUGCAGAUUUUGCGCCGAAAACACAAAUCCACCACAAUAUAUAGAUCUUGCAAGCGACUCUCGAACGAAGACAGAUGUUAUGACCAAACUUGCAUUUUUCAACAUAAAUAUAAUAGAUUUCAGUGAUAAAACAUUACCAGAAGCCGUAUGUUUGAAAUGCUACGACGUUUUUAGGUCGUGUUAUGAAUUCUUCGUCAAAAUCAAGGACUCCCAAGUUGUACUAAGUAACCAGUAUAAGUUAUUAAAAAAUGAGAACGUACCUUCAUCGUGCGUGAAAAAUGAAAGUGGGGAUCUAGAUGAGUGUAAAACUGAAGAAAUAUAUGCUAAUUAUGAUAUUAAUACUGGGAUAAAUACAGAAUGUUUGAAUGAUUUUGUAUUUGACACGGAAACAGCAAAGCGAGAUGUGUCCUGGACAAGUUACAUGUUUCCCUGUAAAUUCUGUGAUGAGGAAUGUAUAGAUAUGAUGGGAUUGAGAGACCACUGUAAAGAGUUGCAUAGUUCUUGCAGCGGAUUCCGUUGUGCUGAUUGUCACAUUGGUUUUAAUGAUUUCAUAUCAUUUGUGGAUCAUGCUCGAGAACAUAGGAAGGAAUUGAUUCAUUACUGUCCAUACUGCAAUAUAAAGCUGGAGGAUAUGGACCAUUUGAAGCUACACACACAAUCCAACUGCAAAUAUUGUGGAGAAACUUUCCCGAAUGACAUAUUACUUGCCAACCAUAAGGACUUAUAUCAAAAUACACCCAAAAUAUUAAAAAAACAUAAAGUAAAUGAAUUAAAAGAGUUUAUAUCAUACGAAAUAGGAUUAUAUGAUGUGAACAAGUUAGAAAUUGAUACUUGGAAGGUAUAUCCAUGGAUUUGUCAGUACUGCUGUACCAGAUUCCCCUGCCAGUACAUACUCAGAUGCCACGUGAAGGAAGUGCAUGGAAAAUGCUUCGGAAUGAAAUGCUGCGAUUGCAAUGAAGUUUUUAAAACAUUUGAUAUGUUCAUUGAACAUGUGAGAUUCCAUAGACCACAGUUGAGGUACCACUGUCAAUAUUGCGAUGCUAAAUUUCAUGAUAAACAAUUAACCAACAUCCAUAUAAACACGCAUUUGCAAUUACCACAAUGUGAGAGUUGUGGCGAAUCGUUCACCAGCAAAGUAGAUCUCCAACGCCAUAUCACUGCAUACGUCAAAAAGUCUAAACGGAUACCAUUUAAAAAACGAGAGAAACCUAUCACAGUUGAAGAAUUAACAUGCAACGUUUGUCAUAGAGUUGCGAAGAGUCUCUCCAAUUUGCGAGCCCACAAACUACUGCAUACAGACAGAAAUAGGAACUAUACGUGCGAUAGAUGCGGCAAAACCUUCUUUACCAAAGGUGCUCUGUGUACACAUACAUAUAUACACAGAGAUGUCGAUCCUGAAGUGUGUAAGAUUUGCAAGAAGACCUUUCUAACUCUGACCAGAUUGAAGAAACACGUCAAAACGCACUAUGCGGAUAAGCCGUUUGAAUGCAAUGUGUGUCUUAAGCGCUUCAGAUUAAAGGAUCAUUUGAAGGGUCACAUGAUAACGCAUUCGGACCUUUUGCCGUAUUCUUGCCAGUAUUGUAGCAAGGGGUUUCGGCAUAAGAACGUUUUGAAGACUCAUGAGAACCUGCACACUGGAGCUAAGCCGUUCAGCUGCACGGUCUGCGCUAUGGGGUUUGCGAAUUGGUCGAAUUGUAACAAACACAUGAAAAGAAAACACGGUUUAUCGUUAGCGAAGAAUAUGUUGACGCCUCAUGGGAAAGUUCCUAUAAAUCCAAAGACGGGGAAGCCGAAGAAAGUGAAGGAUCUGGAGAUGGUCAGGGAGUGGACUGAGCAAAUUCUUGUACCGUGUAAGAGAGGGAAAAAAUCUAACGACAAGGGCACCCUGGUUUGA